UGACUAACGGCUCAAUUUUUAUUUUUUUUAAUAUUUAUAACACCCACAUUUCCACGUGUCCUAUUGUUAUUGGUCCGAAAUAACCCAUGCCCCACUUAAUUUUAACCUUGGUUAGGUCCACCUACCCAAACCCGACCCGGUUAAAACAUACCCAAAUCAAUAACCCAACCCAAACUCUUCAUACCAAAUCCCCUUCUCUCCGGUCGUCUUCCCCAAGAUGUAAAAGGUGCUGGCAAAGAAGUAAUUCGGAGAAGAAAGAAAAGAAGUUUACGCCGCCAUUAUCGUCCUUAAACCAAAAUGGAAAGCCAAAUUUCUUCAUGCGUGCGGUGAGAAAAGAUGGAAGGUUAGAGUUGACAGAGGUGAAAAUUGGUCGGCCCGAAACUCUCCUUGCUUCUGGCCAAGAUGGACGACUGAAAUUACAUAUUCGUGAUGAAGAAGAAGAAACAGAAGAGGAAAACGAAGAUUUCCCCCUGGACGAUGAAAAAGAGAUGAUUGUAACAAUUCAAGAAAAUGAUGAAGAAAUACUUGAAGAAGAAGAAGAAGAAGAAGAAGAAGACAAGGUUGCAGAGUGGAAGUUUCCAGCGACAAGCGGUGGCAGUGGAGAUGUUGUUCGGAGAAAUUCCCAUGUCUAAUUUCUGGAACUGGAAAGGGGGGAUUUGGAAUGGGUUGGGUUGG